CGGAUUUCGUCCUCCAGCUAACAGUCUAGUUCUUUCUUUUGUUGUACUCCGAACUCUACUUAAUCUUCCACCCCAACUCUUUCCACAGAUUUCACACUAUCCUUGGCCCCUCACUUCUGUUUUCAGAGUUUAAGUCUUACGGAGGAAGGAAAAGGAGCUGUUUGAAGAAAACUCAAGAGAAGAAAAAGCAAAAAUAAGAGACUUUUAUCAGAAGGACAAGUGAAGGCAAGGUAUCAAGUAUGUUUACUACAUACCAGUGAAAGAAUAUUGCAGCCAGUUUUCCUGGUUGAUUCAUUAUUUUGUUCAGUGAUAAAAUGAAAAUUCCUAUCUUCAUUAAGGGAUCCACUGAAUCAUCACAUUAAUUCAACUGUAUUGCAUUCUUGAGGUAGUCUUUCCAGCUUGAUCUCCUGACCUUACAAUGUCUGAAAUCAGAUUUAGCAAUCUCACUUGGGAUCAAGUUAUAAUACUGGAUCAAGUGUUAGAUGAAGUAAUUCCAAUUCAUGGAAGGGGAAAUUUCCCCACAUUGGAGGUAAAACCAAAAGAUAUCAUUCAUGUUGUGAAAGACCAAUUGAUAGAGCAAGGAAUUAUUGUUAAAGAUUCCCGAUUGAAUGGUUCCACAGCAAGUUAUAUACUUGCAAGCCACAGUGGAAUCAGCUAUAAGGAUCUUGAUGUUAUUUUUGGUGUUGAAUUACCAGGUGAUCAGGAAUUUCAAGUUGUUAAGAAUGCAGUUCUAGGUUGUCUACUGGACUUUUUACCAAAAGGUGUGAAAAAGGAAAAGAUCACCCUAAAGACCAUGAAAGAGGCUUAUGUGCAGAAGAUGGUCAAAGUUUGCAAUAUGCAUGAUCGUUGGAGUCUCAUUUCUCUUUCAAACAACACUGGAAAAAAUGUAGAGCUAAAAUUUGUGAAUUCACUCAGACGACAAUUUGAAUUUAGUGUUGAUUCCUUUCAAAUUGUUUUGGAUCCCAUGUUAGAAUUUUACAGUGACAAAAAUGCUAGGCUAACCAAAGAAUGUUACCCUGUUGUGAUAGCUGAAAGCAUGUAUGGAGACUUCCAAGAAGCAAUGACACAUUUGCAAUACAAGCUUAUAUCUACUAGAAAACCUGAAGAGAUUAGAGGUGGUGGCCUUCUGAAGUACAGCAACUUGCUGGUUCGUGAUUUUAAACCAGCUUGUGAAGCAGAAAUCAAGACACUGGAACGUUACAUGUGUUCUAGAUUCUUCAUUGAUUUUCCUGAUGUAGUAGAACAGCAAAAGAAGAUUGAAUCAUACCUCCGUAACCAUUUCAUAGGUGAAGAAAAUAGCAAAUAUGACUACCUUAUGACCUUGCGUGGAGUUGUGAAUGAAAGCACUGUUUGCCUUAUGGGUCAUGAAAGAAGGCAGACACUCAAUAUGAUCACCCUUAUGGCUUUAAAAGUACUUGGAGAACAGAAUAUUCUACCCAAUACAGACAAUGUAACUUGCUUUUAUCAGCCUGCUCCAUACUUUGCUGCUGAGGGAGGGUAUCCUAAUUAUUAUGUAACAUCUGGACCACCACCAAUUUUUUUCCAACCAUACCAACCACUGCACUUUCAUGUGCCAAAUGGUAUGGUCUAAACACACACACACACACACACACACACACACACACACACCAGAAACUUUGCUUUAAUUAAACACCUCUUAAAAGCAAGUUUCCAAAAUCCAUAAAAUUAAAAUCUAUUUUUUAUAUUUCUUCAGUUAUCAACUAUUUUCCAUUAAUUAUAGCUUAAACCAUCAUAGUAAGUACAAUAUCAUCUAUAAACUGACCACUGUAAAUGAUUUUCAAGUGUUAUUAAUUAGCUAUAAUAACUUUCAAAUGUUGUGGACCACUUAAAAUGAUUUUCAGAUCUUACUAAGUCUUAAGACUCAAAUUUGUCCUGAAAAAUACAUAACAGAUGCCUGAAUCUUUGAUUAAAAUAUAAGAAACUCAUAUUUUCAAAUUCAAAGGUACAGUAAAGAUAAGUGCCAACAUUUUUUUAUUCAAUCAAUUCCUGUGUUUCAUUCACUUCACCAUUUUUUUUCUGGUGAAUAUUACCAUCACUGAGUUUUCAAUACUUAACAAAAAUGCCUGAUUUCAAAGACAACAGAUUCAGAAGAGAUUAAAACUCUGGACUUUAUAAGCACUUAUUUUGUUUUCCAAUUAAAUUGGGUUAGAUACAAAAUCCUACUGUUAUUUCAAGGAACACUGAAAAAAAUAUUUCUGAAAAAACACUGGACAUUAGCAGUUUGUCAACUGUCAAAUAGUGUUGUUGAUCUGAAGAAUACCAUCCAGCUGUAAAAUCAAUACUGCGAUCAAAAUUAUAUAAGUGUCUUCAUUUUUCCCCUAAAUAAGUUGAAAAGAAUGAAAAUGACCAACUAUGAAUGUGAACAUUUUUUAUCAUUAUCUGUUAGAGGCUCUAAAUGGCAGAUAGCAAAAAAACAGGCAAUGUUUUUUUUAGCUAUGGAUGGUAUUUAUCAUUUUUAGGACCUAUUUGUCUAAUGUAUUAGUAUAUCUGGAGAUACUCAGUAUCAGUAAGUUAAAAUAUUUUCAUUAUUGUUCAUUGAAGUGCAUUUUUUUCACUUUGCUCUUAUUAAAGGUCAGUUUCUAACAUGCUACUCAAGUGCCUCUUUAUGUGAGUUUUUGCAUAAUACUAUAAUUUAUCCAACAAUUGCAUACAUUCAUCAGGUAUCUGACUAUUUGCCUACUACAUCAGGUAUGCUGCUAGCAGAUCUACCAAUAGAAUUAAAACAAUGUUUUUCCCAUAAUGAAGAAAAUAAUCCAUAACCAAUAUAAAUGGAGAUGAGAGAGAAGAUGAACUAUCCUGAAUGAAUAUAGAGAAGACCAUCAGACAACUUCACCAUUUUCACUUGCUUCUGAUUUUUUGUUUUUUCCAUCUCAGUUUUCAUUGACCAUCAUAAGUUUUUUCAUCACAGCAUGAUUCAAAAGGCAUAUUCUGAGAAUUUGUCACUUAUAAACUGUGCUUAAUCUGUCUUCUCUGUAUUACAGUACUGGACACAAAAAGUACAUAAAAUAUGGCAUUUUCAAAUAAAUAUUUCCAAGAUGUUUUAUACCACCACACCACUGGCCAUCAGUAUAUUUUUAAAGAAUUAUAUUUAAAAUGUAUUUAUGUGUAUUUACACAUGCACAUAUUUAUCAAUCAUACAACCCUGUUUUAAACAUUAUAUGGAUUCACCUCUUUGCUUGGGAAAAGUAAAGAAUUUAUAAAUACUACAUUAAGGAGAAAAUUUAGUAAUCUAUUAACAUAGUGUAUUGGCUGAAAAAUGAUCUUUCUGUACUAAAGUAUAAUCUUUAGUUUUCAGUUGGGGGAGUGCUUGCACAUAAAACUGAAAUAGUAUAUGCUAUGUUUAAGUACCAAAAAACAAUUCCAAAAGAUAUGGGAAAAGUAUUUAGGAAUAAAAGAACUAUAGUAGUUAUGAGUCAUGGGGAAAGAUUCAGUAUUUCCACAGAAUUUUAUGCUGAAUAGCAGAAUUCUGAAGCUGUUUGGAAACAUCCCUCAUGUGCUCCCUUAGUUUCCUUUGGUUCUAUUGAGAAUUUGAACUCCUUUUUCCCUAAAGAGGAAAUUCUCUAUGGUGUUCUCCUAAAGCUUUACAUACUGCUGGAAGAAUGGCCUGAAAGCUACCAGCUUACUCCUAACAUUUUCAAAUAUGUGUUUUCAUUGUAGUAUAAAAGCUCAGACUUGGUAUAUAAGAUUUUCUCAAGAAAGAGAAUCCAAACCUGUUGAAUGGAAAUGGUAUCACUAAAGAGAAAGCUGUAGUUUGAUCUCUCAUGGUUUUCUUUCCAAGCUAGGCUGUCCUUUGGUUCCAACCAAACAGAAAAAUAUCUAUCUUCAAUAGCGUAUGAGUAUCUCUCCAGGAUUAGGCUAGUUUUCUUAAGAUAUAGUAUUACCUCAUUCUGUUCAUUAAGAUAAUAAAUGGGAAAAUUUUCCUAUAAAAAUAGUUCCAGAUUCUUUGCCUAAAGGAGUUAAUUGAUGUUAGUUAAAUUUGACUCUAGAGCAUAUGUCAUUUCAUUACAAGAGAGAAAUGUUGUCUUUUCCUCUUUUAUUUUAUACAAAUUCAACACUGAGUCUUAGUUUGGGAAUUGUUUUUUCUUCUCAGAAACCUAACCAAAACCAAAAAAAAAAUCGUUUGACAUAGUUGUAGUAUUCAUACCAGUGGGACACAGUUGGUGUUAGUUAUAGGUACAUAUUUUUUAAACCAAAAUAUUCUUGCAUUUCACAGAUGUUUUCACAUAAUUAUUAAAGUUAUAUUAGUAGACUGUAGCUUUUAAAUUCAGAGAUAUUCUGAUAGUGACUGAUGUCCAGUUUGCCAAGGAAAGUUGAAGACAAGUUAUUUAAAUUAAAGACAAAAUAACAGAGAUGGAACAAUUAUGAACUUCUCCAAAAAACUGGGAAAAUAUCCUAGGCCCGAAUUCCAUUUGUUAAUAUCAUCUCAGAAAUGUUCUAUUAAAAUUCAUGCAAAAUAAACAAUUUUUAAAAUUUGCCUUUAGCCAUAUUUUAGUUUUUAGGUAUUAAGAAGGAUCAAUAUACAAAAUGUCUGAGAUAUGAUUAAAACUCUUUUCAUGCAUGGAUCUAUUAUCUGGAAGGAUUCAUCCAUCUUUGAAAAUAUAGAGAGUUAAAAGUUUACAAUUGAGAAAAAAUUUGAAGUUUUAAAGUUUUUAAUGCUUAUCAAAAUUAUAUUGAUCUAUGAAUAUGGCAGUUCCAUUUAUAGAGGAUUUAAAAAAAAAUAAUUGAGUCUGUAACUUAACAUUAAAACAGGAUUGGGAGGUUUGUGGGACUACAGUUUGAAAAGUAUUCUUAUAAAGACCAUUUUGUCAAGGCCUAAAACCCAAUAUUUUAAAGUUCUUUAGGAUUUAUUUGCUUUGCAUUGUAAAAGAAAAUACUUUUAAUGAUAUUUUCUUUUCACUUCUGUUCUUUUGUGGUCAUAUUCUGUAUGUUACAAUGUUAAAAGUUACAAGUUUGGAAAUUGUAUUGCUGAUACACUGCUCCCUUUUAUGAACACUUUUUUAGCAUGUAUACAUGGAAGCAGCUAAUUUGUUGAAAUGUCAUUGUAUUGCUUUUAGGUGCUUUCUUAAGAAAACAGAUUUCCUCAAAUUUUGUCAGUGCGAACAAAAACAUACCGUUUAGAGUAUAUGGUGUCUGUAAAUAAAUUUAACUUGUAACAGGUGAUCUUUAAGCUCAACACA